AUGGCUUCCAAGCGCUUGACGCUAUCGAAUUAUAUACGCUUCUUCUGCAAUUUCAAUUUCAAUCCUUUAACCCAUCAACGCUUUUCACGCCUAAAUAGCACCAGAGAGAAAAGCUCCAUAGGUUUGAGGCAGUACCCUCCAGAGCUCGUUAGAAGCUUCUCAAUCGCUCAACAUGUUAAUCAUGGCAACUCCACCCAAAAGAAAGCCCAUGGCCAACCUCACUAUCUUGAUAAGUUGCAGGUGGAGAGAGAAAGGGGAAUUAUGGUUAAAGCCAAGACAACAAGAAUGUUCUAUAAGCAUAGCAUAAAUGGUGAUGAUUGUAGUGAUGGGAAGGAGUCACCUACUUUUUCUCAGAAUCCUAUUGACAGUCCUGAAUCAUGUUCACAAGUCACAGUUGAUGUUGACACACUCACCAGAAUCAUCAACGACCACCCUUUCCCAUUGCAACCCCUUCACUCCACACUCCUCCACCUCCUCCCUCCUUCCACUUUCUCCACUUCCCUUGUGGAAAACGUUCUCGGCCGCUUGUUUGCUUCACAUUCAAAUGGCCUCAAGGCCUUGGAGUUCUUCAAAUACUCCCUCAUCCAUUCCCAUUCCCCCUUAAGUCCUGCUUCACUCAACAUGACCCUCCACAUCCUUGCACGGAUGCGUUAUUUUGACAAAACUUGGGACUUGUUGCGGGACAUUGCAAGAACCCACCCUUCUUUGCUCACCCUUAAGUCAAUGAGCAUUGUGCUCUCCAAAAUCGCCAAAUUCCAGUCAUUUGAGAACACCCUUGAUGGGUUUAGAAGGAUGGAAGAUGAGGUGUUUGUUGGCAGGGAGUUUGGCACUGACGAGUUCAAUGUGCUUCUUAAAGCAUUUUGCACACAGAGGCAAAUGAAGGAAGCCAGGUCCGUGUUCGCGAAGCUAGUGCCACAGUUUAGUCCUAAUACCAAGUCCAUGAAUAUUCUACUCUUGGGGUUCAAAGAAUCAGGUGAUGUUACUUCUGUUGAGCUUUUCUAUCAUGAAAUGGUUAGGCGCGGUUUUAGUCCUGAUGGAGUGACAUUUAAUGUUAGAAUUAAUGCUUACUGUAAGAAAGGUUGUUUUGGUGAUGCUCUGAGACUUCUCGAGGAGAUGGAGGGGGUUAAUGUUGUCCCUACCAUUGAAACUAUUACUACUUUGAUUCAUGGAGCAGGGUUGGUUCGAAAUAUAAGCAAGGCAUGGCAGUUGUUUAAUGAGAUUCCUUCGAGAAACUUGGUUGCUGAUACCGGGGCUUAUAAUGCUUUGGUUACUGCUUUGGUUAGAAAUAGAGAUAUUGAAUCUGCUUUUUCCUUGAUGGAUGAGAUGGUUGAGAAACACAUUGAGCUUGAUAGUGUGACUUACCAUGCAAUGUUCUUAGGAUUGAUGAGGUCAAGAGGAAUUGAAGGUGUAAGUGAGCUUUACCAGAAGAUGACUCAGAGAGGUUUUGUUCCCAAAACAAGGACAGUUGUGAUGCUGAUGAAGUAUUUCUGUCAAAAUUAUCGGCUUGAUUUAAGUGUAGGUCUAUGGAAGUACCUGGUGGAGAAAGGGUACUGUCCCCAUACUCAUGCUUUAGAUCUUCUGGUCACUGGAUUGUGUGCAAGGGGUUUGGUGCAUGAUGCUUUUGAGUGCUCCAAACAAAUGUUGGAGAGAGGAAGACAUAUGAGUAGUGCAUCAUUUCUGAUGCUGGAGAGGUUUUUGUUGCAAGCAGGUGACAUGGACAAGUUGAAGGAGCUUGACCAGAUGAUUAAAAAAUUGCAAAGUGUCUUACCACCGCCUAAAGAAAACACUACUGGUAUUUCUACCUCCGGGGUUAUAAUGUCAGUGGCAGCUUGUCUGGUUGUGCUUUUGGUUGUUGACGCUGCUCAGAGAGUCCAACCUCAAACUAUUACCAGCCAACUGCUGAUCCUGUUUGGGCUUUAUCUUGACCCUAGUGAUCCAUUGCUAACAUCUAUUAAAACUGUAGAGGGUCUUGAGCAAGUGCUUCAGACAGUCAUAGAGCACGGGGGUAAGAUUUCUUCUGCUACUACUAUUCAGUCGAAUGAAGCUUUAGAUAUAGACAUCAUGCAUCCUGAACUUGCACCUACUGGAAUUUUGCUCACUGAAUGA